AUGGCCGGCAUCUUCGCCUGCAGCUUCUUCUGCACCAUGCUGGUCUGGAUCGCCGUGAGCAGGGACGCGGAGGCGGAAAAAAUCGCGCAAGCCGCCUCGCACAGCCUGAGCUCUGCGGGCAACGCGGGGCCCGGCGCAGCCGGUGCCGUGCGGCAGGAGGCAGCUGCGAGGGCGGGCGACGGGAUUCCUCCUGCUAGAGGCGCUGCGCGGCCCAGACCGAGCGCGGACAAGACGGUGCUCGACGGGUGGGUGCACAAGUCCAGCGCGCCAGACGGCUCAACGGGAUACAGGCCAUUGUGCGUCUGGGUGUCCGACAAGUACCAGUUCAUCGGGCUCAAGUAUGCCAAGGUUGGUGGCAGUACAAUUAUCAAGAUGUUGAAGAGCGCGUUCUGCGGAGUCACGUUUACAGGCCCUUUUGGCUCCGAGGUACCCUGCCCUGACUCCAAGGUGCUGGAUCACGGCCAGGAGUCGGCACGAAUGGAGCGCGGACGCAUGUUGUAUCCGAAUUGUCAGCAGAAGUUGCCUGACAAGCGGAAGUGGGAGGAGUAUUUUGUGUUUGCAUUUGUUCGGAACCCGUACUCCCGACGCCUGUCGAUGGUGAAGUAUUGUAUGAAGGGGCGCAUGUGUGAGGCGUGCCUGUCUCCGAGCUGUGGCACCUGUUCCCUCAAGCACUGUCAGGCCAUGUACAGUAAUCUUGUCGCUUCUGAUGACUCGUCGUAUGUCGAUUUCGUGGGUCAUACUGAAACCAUGGCUGCAGACAUGGACACGGUCUUCCACGAAAUCAACCGUCGCUUUCUGGAAAGGACGGGGAAGUCGAUCGCGUGGCGAAAUGACUCCGAAGUGACGAGCAUGCUUGUGAACAAGGCAACCGGACACCAGCUGAUUGAGUCCAACACGUCGUUUUCGGCGUUCGUGGCUUGUCCUGGUUGCGUCGCGCACAUACAGAGGAUGUACCGGCACGACGUGCGGCUCUUCGGUUACCUGCCGCGGGAGGGCCCGCCACCCCGGGAGGUGCGGCACGCGCUGCCCGGGGAGGCGGGAAAAGUGCUCGGGGCGCGCCGCCGCUUCUGCCCGGGGUUGGGCGCCCAGUUCGUCGCCCUCCUGGGCCCGGCCUGCCCCAGGCAGCCGCUGGAGCGCUUCGGCAAGAAGGGGGACCUGGUUGACCCCGAAGUCGGGCCGGCCGAGUCGGACACUGAGGCGCUGCUCUCCGACACGAAGAAGGGCGGGGGAGAUGUCUUCCUACAACUCCGUCAACGAGGCGCCAGUCCACGAUGGCGGCUCCAGCUUCUAGAGCCGGCGGAGGGCGGCCCCGAGCCUGGCGAGAGCCCAGCCGCGACCACCAGGAAGGAGGAGGUCGACUGCACGACGCCAGGCGGCUCCCGCGAGCAGGAGCCACUCCACGAUGGCAGUCCCAGCUGUGACCUCGGCGAGGACGGCGCCGACCUGGGCGAGACGUGCGCGGGCGGAUGGGGGGGCGUCUACUCCCGCGAGCCGGCGGCGCCGCCCGCGGUAGAGCCGGCAGAAAAUAAGCAGCUCCUGGUGGAGUUCGACACGUCGCACGGGCCGCUACACGACAACGACGAUCGGAUGGGCGCCCCGGAUGGCCACCCGUGGCCGCCCGCGAAGCGCGGGUUCGGGUCGCACACCAAGGCGCCGCCCAUGACGCUCCGGCCCCCGGGCGUGGCCGCCGGCGCCGCCGGCGAGGUGGCGGAGGCGGACAUCGAGCGCGUCCGCAGGGUCUACGACCACGACCUCGCCGGCCGCCCGCACUGCUCCGUCAGCACGCCGCGGGAGGACGCCAAGCAGUUCCGGAGCGGCGACAAGCACUCAGUGCCCUGCGAGUGCGUCGUGGAGCUGUACGAGCUGCUGUGGCGCUGGGGCCACCGCUCCGGUUCCUCGAGCUUCCUGGCGAACUUCGGGUUUGCGAUCCCAGACACGAUAGUGAUCGUGCACGGCAAGCCGUACGCCUGGUACUUCAUUAGCAAGAAGGACGGCCGCCUGCUGCGCAAGUCGGGGCAGCACCUCACCGUGUCCGCCAUCGAGAAGAAGCUCUGCCGCGACGGCCCGGAGGGCCACGUGGCCGGCGUGUGGCUGCCGGCCGCGUCCCAGUUCCCCGAG